AUGGCGAGCCGCCCCCAGCGUUACUACUCCCUGGCAACUCCGCGUGCCACCGCGCGUCAUUCACUCGUGGAGCUUCGCGAUCCCUAUCCGCCACACUGGAGAGACGCGCAGCAGCCGUUUGAGACGUUCCAGAAGCCGCACAGGAGCGAAGAGCAGCAGCCGUUUGAGACGUUCCAGAAGCCGCACAGGAGCGAAGAGCAGCAGCCGUUUGAGACGUUCCAGAAGCCGCACAGGAGCGAAGAGCAGCAGCCGUUUGAGACGUUUCAGAAGCCGCACAGGAGCGAAGAGCAGCAGCCGUUUGAGACGUUUCAGAAGCCGCACAGGGGCGAAGAGCAGCAGACGCUGCUCCUACGCACAGGAGCGUCCGCGUCAGCGGACUUCUCCUACGCACAGGAAUUCUACGCAUCGGACACGUCAGCGUCGUUUUCGCCGUCUCGUCCGCCGGUGCUUUCCGGCAGCUCCGCGCAACCUCCCCGCGCCACACCCGCCGCAGCGUCCGCUCCUCGCGGCGGAAGUUCCGCCUCCCUCCCCCGCGGAGAUGCGCUGAUGUCGUCUGCCCACCGCCGUGCGAUUUCCGCCUCUGCUGCGUGCGAGGAGCGGCUCGUGCUCCCCUUGCCUCCCCGCGGGGACAAACCCGCCGCCGCCUGCGCGUUUCGCCGCCGCCGCCACCAAGUCGCUCUUUCCAAGAAACCCUCCUCUGAAGCCAACGCGGCCGCUGCUCCCACGGUCUUCAAAGCUCGGGCAUCAAACGAAAAUUUCUCCUCACGUCCUGCGUGCUGCACGAUCCCCUCAAUUCCCAGAAGCUUAAGGCGCGGGAGCUUGUUUUACUUCCCUGCAGACGAAGGAACGAGGAAGCAGCAUGCAGAUGGUGCUGAUGGUGCCACGUCACCCGAGGGUAGUUCCCCGAUGCCUAGAGUAUUUGCAAGGAGUACUGCGUAUUCAACUCCGGCAUCUGUGGUAACCCGACACACACCGGCGCCUCAAGGGAAUCCAAACUCCCGAGCUGUAGCAUCGCAGGCAGCAUCAGAUUCAGCAGCAGAGGCGGCACCAUCGACAGCAGCACGGACGGCGUCAGGUGUAGUUGGCAAAACUGCAAGGUCGUUCUUCCAGCGGAUUACCCCCCAUGGACAUGAGGCUGGUAACAGUGCCGGUGCAGUCCGUGCAGGUCCGAGCAGCAACACCACCCCUGCUACUCCCACCUCCUCUGCCUCAUCCCCUGCUGUACGAAUUUACAGCAGCAGCAGUGCUCCUUCCUCUCCUUGCACCCCGCUGCCUUGCACUAGGCCCUGCCGCACCAGCAGUCCACCACCCAACAGCAGCAGCAGUGCAAGCACCACCAUGCGGGCCAAGGCUGAAGCUAGGAGGGAGCAGCCAGUGCAUGUGAAGCCUUGCCUCACUGCCCCCUCGAGCACCCGUACGUGCAGCUCAGCGCCAGGCUCGCCUAGCAGAAGCCCCAAGCGCGUGAGCUUUGUGAAAUACGUUGAGAUUCUAGAGCAUGUUGCAUAG